CGGAUAUAGUGAAUGCAGGGUCUGGGGAGAGCGGAUAUAGUGAAUGCAGGGUCCGGGGAGACCAGAUAUAGUGAAUGCAGGGUCUGGGGAGAGCGGAUAUAGUGAAUGCAGGGGUCCGGGGAGACCAGAUAUAGUGAAUGCAGGGUCCGGGGAGACCAGAUAUAGUGAAUGUAGGGUCCUGGGAGACCAGAUAUAGUGAAUGCAGGGUCCGGGGAGACCAGAUAUAAUGAAUGCAGGGUCUGGGGAGACCAGAUAUAGUGAAUGCAGGGUCCUGGGAGACCGGAUAUAGUGAAUGCAGGGUCUGGGGAGAGCGGAUAUAGUGAAUGCAGGGUCUGGGGAGA